GGGGGCGGAAACCCUAAUCUGUAAAUCUCUUUGGGUUCUCGUUCGCUCGCUCGCUCGCUCGCUCGGUUGCUACGGUACAGAUCUCCAGAACCAGCUCUUCCGACGAGCUCCAGACCCUUGCAGCUAUGGUGGAACGCAAGGGAGAACGCGUCAGGUUGUACGUGCGAGGAACUAUCCUCGGGUACAAAAGGUCGAAGUCCAACCAAUACCCAAGCACCUCACUCCUCCAGAUUGAGGGCGUCAACACAUCUGAUGAGGUGAAUUGGUACCUCGGCAAGAGAUUGGCUUACGUUUACAAGGCCAAGACGAAGAAAAAUGGAUCCCAGUUCCGUUGCGUCUGGGGCAAGGUUGCCCGCCCCCACGGUAGCAGUGGAGUUGUCCGCGCGAGGUUCAGGAACAACCUCCCUCCUUCAUCUUUGGGUGCCCGAGUGAGGGUGUUUAUGUAUCCCAGUCGCAUUUAAACAGGACUCUGGAGCAGUUUGCAGUUUUGAGGCGCGAAUGGUAGUUGAGUUUUUGGAUAUAGCUAUCCAGCAGAAAGCUGCACACUGCUAAGUUAGUAGGGGUUGGGCACCCCAGCUUGUGCUCGAGUGUGUUAGUGGUGAAGACCCUUUCUGUGUUGGAGAGAUCUGUAUGCAUAAUUGACAUCAAAAUUUUAUGUCCUUGUCUCUUUAAGUUGGUUGUUA